ACUUUAAAAUAGAAACGAAGGCAGUUCGCUGUUGAACUUCAAGUGUGCUGGGUUAGUGGUUCGUUAGUUUUUAAAAUAGACGCAACGUUAAGGACACAUGCGCGCAUAAAACUGUGCGAAUUUAAAAGUGCUCAUUGUUACGAAAGUACUUAAGGUUUAAUUGCUCCCGAGUGCCCUAAUCAUGGAUAAAGCUCUUAUUUUUGUACUGUGCUUUUACGUCUGCUCGGCUCAGAUAAAAAUCAAACGCCUCGACGUCCCAUCUGCCAUCCUCUACGGAAGCCAGAACGACGUCAUCCUGGACUGCGACUUCGACUCCGGUGGCGACACGGUGGACGAAAUCAAAUGGUUCCUGGACGAAACCAUCCAGAUUUACCAGUGGUUGCCCGAGACCAAAACCAAAGCUCAAGCCAUCGGGAAGCUCAAAAACCACAUUGACGUUAACUAUAAAGCGACCAAUGACGAGAGUACGAUGUACAGGGCGCUGCACAUCACGGACUUGUCGCCGGAGUUUUCCGGGAAUUACACGUGUAAGGUCAGCGGGCCGACGAGCGAAGAUGUGGAAACGAAGAGGAUGAUAAUUUACGUGGCCCCCGAAGACGAAACCCCCGAAGACGGUUUUGACGAAAUCCUCGACCUCAAUGACAACGAAGACGCUUCAGAAAUAACAUGCACAGCCGGAGGUUUCUAUCCUAAACCAAACAUGACAAUUUAUAUCCUCAAUGAAAACGAAACAGACAUAAUUUUCCGACAGGAUAACGAGAACCACACUCUCACUGAAGAGGGCUACUAUAACGUCACUUCCACCCUCAAAUACUCUAAUCUGACUCAAGAUUUCGUUUAUAUCUGCGAACUCGUUAUCCCGGGAACCCCCUUCAAUGUCACGCAAAAAUUGAUGCACACUGAGGACGGUGAAGCGCAAGUUCAAGAAGAAUUGUACGCUUUUAACACGACCAACUCGACGGAGAGUUCGUUUGAGGGAACGACAGAAACUGAAACUCAAAUUGAAGAAGAAUCUGAUUUUGUCGCAACUACAGCUGAAACCGCAACUAAUUCUGAUGACGUCACUAAAGAAGAGACAAAUGAAUCAGAGGAGAGUGCCUCCUUCAGACUGCUGCCAAGCCUGCUCUCGACACUUCUUCCGCUGGCACUCCUAGUUCCACUGAAUUUAUAAAAUAGAGUUAUUUAUAAAUUGUGAUAACAAACCAAAAUCAAACUAUUGAAUUGUAAAAUAAUGUUGUUAAUUGUAAAUAUCUACACGUUUUUAAGAAGCUUGUAUAUUGUUCACUGAUUUAUUAAU